AUGGUCAAGAGAGUGGCCAUCAUUGGUGCCGGGGUCAGUGGUCUGGCCUCUAUCAGAACCUGUUUGGAAGAGGGACUGGAGCCCAUCUGCUUUGAGAGAAGUGAUCAUGUUGGGGGCCUGUGGAAAUUCUCGGACCAUCCAGAGGAUGGGAGGGCUAGCAUUUACCGAUCGGUUUUCACCAACUCUUCCAAAGAGAUGAUGUGCUUUCCAGACUUCCCUUAUCCUGAUGACUUCCCUAACUUUAUGCACAACAGCAAGCUCCAGGAAUAUAUCACUGCAUUUGCCAAAGAAAAGAACCUUCUGAAAUACAUACAAUUUAAGACACUAGUAUCCAGUGUUAAAAAACGCCCUGAUUUCUCAGUCACUGGCCAGUGGGAUAUCACUGUUGAAAAGGAUGGUAAACAAGAAUCUACCAUCUUUGAUGCUGUCAUGAUUUGUUCUGGACAUCAUGUGUAUCCCAACCUACCAACAGACUCUUUUCCAGGUCUAAAACAUUUUAAAGGCAAAUGCUUCCACAGCCGGGACUACAAGCAACCAGAGAAAUUCAAGGGGAAGCGAGUCCUGGUGAUUGGUUUGGGGAAUUCAGGCUGUGAUAUUGCCACGGAACUCAGCCAUACGGCAGAACAGGUUAUCAUCAGCUCCAGAAGUGGCUCCUGGGUGAUGAGCAGGGUCUGGGAUGAUGGCUACCCAUGGGACAUGUUGGUGAUCACUCGAUUUGAAACCUUCCUCAAGAACAACUUACCGACAGCCAUCUCUGACUGGUGGUACAUGAAGAAGAUGAAUUCAAGAUUUAAGCAUGAGAACUAUGGCUUGAUGCCUUUAAAUGGAAUCCUGAGGAAAGAGCCUGUGUUUAAUGAUGAGCUCCCAGCUCGCAUUCUGUGUGGCACUGUAUCCAUUAAACCUAAUGUGAAGACUUUCAGAGAGACUUCUGUCAUUUUUGAGGAUGGAUCUGUGUUUGAAGCCAUUGACUAUGUCAUUUUUGCAACAGGGUAUGGCUAUGCCUACCCUUUCCUUGAUGACUCCAUCAUUAAAAGCAGAGACAAUGAAGUCACCUUGUUUAAAGGCAUCUUCCCUCCUUUACUAGAGAAACCAACAAUGGCGGUGAUUGGCCUUGUCCAGUCCCUUGGGGCUACCAUCCCUACAACUGACUUGCAGGCUCGCUGGGCAGCACAAGUAAUAAGGGGAACUUGCACUUUACCUUCUGCAGAAGACAUGAUGAAUGAUAUUGAUGAGAAAAUGGGGAAAAAACUCAAAUGGUUUGGCAAAAGUGAGACCAUACAGACAGAUUAUAUUACUUAUAUGGAUGAAAUUUCCUCCUUUAUUGGGGUAAAGCCCAAUAUCCUAUGGCUUUUUCUCACAGAUCCUAAGUUGGCCUGGGAAGUGUUCUUUGGCCCAUGCAGUCCAUACCAGUUCAGGCUGGUGGGGCCAGGGAAGUGGCCAGGAGCCAGAAAUGCCAUCAUGACCCAGUGGGACAGGGCACUAAAACCCAUGACGACUCGAGCUGUUGGAAGUCCUCAGAAGCCUUCUUCAUUUUUCCAUUUUCUCAAGCUCCUUGCUAUUCCUUUUGUGCUCAUUGCUAUUUUGUUGGUGUUGAUUUAA